AUGGACGCGCCAGCUGACUACAAGGAGGCCUCCCCAGCCACCUCCACUCCAGCCGGACUGGAAGACGGCCAGCAGAACUCAGCCUUCAAGGAGUCCUUCCAUGUAGCGUUCGCGGUCACCAAGGACGAGGAUGUGUCUGUGGUGCGGGGAGACAAGUCCUUCUCCUCAGGCAUGUCCCUGUACGCCGUGGCUGAUGGCCACAACGGCAGCGUGGUGGCCCGUCACGUCGGCUUGAUGCUGCCGGAUGAGCUGGAGCGGCAACUGGGCAGCGGUGCAGCAGCAGCUGACGAUGCCGCGGUGCGGCAAGCGCUGGCACGGACAUUUGUAGCCACCGAUGCGGCAGUCUGCCAACAGUUUCAGCAGGCUGGCUGCACGCUGACCGUGGCGGUGCUGAGCGGCGACGUGCUGACGCUGGCCAAUGUGGGGGACUCCACAGCCAUCCUGGACACGGGCGCAGAGGUGGUGCAGCUGACGGCAGACCACCGCAUCGGACAGAAUGCCGGCGAGUUUGCCCGGCUGGAGCAGGCGGGCGGGCGGCUGGCGCGUCUGAACGAGUACGGCGCGGGCCCCUCCAGCUGCGUCACCGACGGCGUGGGCCCCGUGCGCCUCUGGCCCGGCGGCAUCAUGGUGGCGCGGGGCAUCGGCGACCGGGAUGUGGGCGACAUCCUGCUGCCCAACCCGCACAUACGCCAGGUCAGGGUGCCGCCCAGCGGCGCGCGCCUCAUCCUGGCCUCCGACGGCCUGUGGGACACGAUGCCGGCGGGGCGCGUGGCGCGCGUGCUGCGAGCGCACGGCAGCGCCAAGGCGGCCGCCACCCAGGCCGUCACCAGCGUGGCAGCCUGUCGGGGAGGCCUGUUUGCGGACGACGUCACAGUGGUUGUGCUGGACAUCCUCCCUCCCGGCUGCGCCGACUUCCGCGAGGUGUGCGCCAAGUUUGGGGGCCGCCUGCGCACCGCCCUCUCCAACCCCAACCUCUCCACGCUGGUGGAGGAGAUGGUGCAGCCGCCGCAGCUCAGAGCGCCCCCAAAGCGCGGCCUGUUUGCCUGCUUCAGCAAGCCGGCGGUGGCGGACGACGAGUCGCGGCCGCGCGGCGCGCAGUACACCCCCUCCUCCUCCCUGGGCAACGGGCAGUACACCCCCUCCUCCUCCCUCCACGGCGGCUCCGAGCGCAGCAUGCGCGGCGGCGUGGUGCGCGACCCAUCCGUGCGCGGCUGCAAGCGGGCCACCACCGUGGAUGUGGUACACGAUGCAGACACCGCCUACUGGACCGCCGCAGACUUUGGGCGUGCGCCCAGCUCGUCGGCGUGCAGCCGCAGCAGCAGCAUGGGGCACGCGCCGCCGCGAGACGUGGUGGAGGGGUUGGCCUUUGGGCUCAGCCACAGCUCGCUGACGUCUGAGGAGGGGGCAUCCCAGGAGCUGCAGCGGUCGCUGAGCAAGGGCAGCCCCCAGGCAGCGAGCCGCAAGAACAGCGGCGCGCCCGCUGCCGGCGAGAGGAAGUGCCACGGAGGCCACGCUGCCGCGACACUGCUCUGCCAUGCCUAG